AUGGACAAAGACAGCGUCAGGAGGAGGAAGGAGUCACAGAAUGGCUCCACUGCCCACAAGGAACACACCAAUCACAAGGAGACUGUGAAGGCCACCGUGCUUCAUAAAGAUGUUGGUCUGCUGAGUGGGAUUUCUCUGAUUGUGGGCACAAUGAUUGGUUCGGGCAUCUUCAUUUCUCCAAAGUCUGUCCUGCUGUACUCUGGAGCCGUGGGACCCUGCCUCUUAAUCUGGGCCGCCUGUGGCGUGUUAGCCACCAUGGGAGCAUUGUGCUAUGCUGAACUCGGCACCAUGAUCACUAAAUCAGGGGCAGAGUAUUCCUACCUAAUGGAGGCCUUUGGCCCCCUUGUAGCCUACCUCUACUCCUGGACCACUGUCAUGGUGCUGAAGCCCUCCUCAUUCGCCAUCAUCACACUGAGCUUUGCAGAAUAUGCCUCCGCUUCUUUCUACCCCGGCUGCACUCCUCCUCCUCUUGUUGUCAAGUGUCUUGCGGCAGCAGCGAUAUUGGUAAUCACCACCAUCAACUGUUUGAGUGUCAAACUUGCGAGCUACGUGCAGAAUUUCUUCACUGGAGCCAAACUCCUAAUCAUUGUCGUCAUAGUGGGAGCUGGCAUCGUUCUGCUGGCACAAGGAAACACUGAGACUUUGUCAAAUUCCUUUGAUGGUGCGUCGCCGUCAUUCGGAGCGAUUGGACUUGCGUUUUAUAACGGGCUCUGGGCCUAUGACGGAUGGAAUCAACUGAACUUUAUCACAGAGGAGCUAAAAAAUCCAUUCAGGAAUUUGCCACUGGCCAUCAUCAUUGGGAUCCCCUUGGUUUCUCUGUGCUAUGUGUUGGUCAACGUUUCUUACUUCACCGUCAUGACCACCACUGAGCUGCUGCAGUCUCAAGCUGUUGCUGUGACUUUUGGAGACAGAGUCCUUUACCCUGUGUCUUGGAUUAUUCCGCUCUUUGUUGUCUUCUCAACAUUUGGUGCUGCCAAUGGAAGCUGCUUCACUGCCGGCAGACUGGCCUAUGUGGCUGCCAGAGAAGGUCAUAUGGUGAAAAUCAUUUCCUACAUCAGUAUGAAGCGCUACACUCCUGCCCCUGCUCUCAUAUUCAAUGGUAUUAUGGGUAUUUUCUACAUUAUUCCAGCAGACAUCAACACCCUCAUUAACUACUUCAGCUUUGCUCAGUGGGCGUUCUAUGGUCUGGCCGCGCUGUCUCUCAUAGUCAUGCGUUUCACCAGGAAGGACCUCCACAGACCAGUAAAGGUGCCAAUUGUCAUCCCAAUCUUAAUGGUCCUGAUCUCCGUCUAUCUCGUCAUGGCCCCCAUCAUCGAUAAGCCCGAGCUGGAGUACCUCUACUGUACUAUCUUCAUCUUCGGUGGACUCCUCCUUUACUACCCUUUUGUCUACCUGAAAGUCAAGUGGGCACGCAAACUCAUGAGGCCCAUCACGAUAUAUCUCCAGCUGCUAAUGGAAGCAGUUCCGCCUGAGAAGAUUGAAUGA